AUGGAGAGGCUUACAGGAGGUUUUCUACUAUUGUGCCUUCUCAGCUUAGUAAAAGCCAAUAACAGUCCCUCACUUGGCACUCGUGUUUACACUGUGUGUGAAGACAUCGCCAUAGGUGGCCAUGCGUUUGAUAUAGACGCCUCAGAUCCAGAAAAUGACCCGCUGACUUACACACUCACUGGGACCAAUGCAUUAUUCUUCGCAGUAAACAGCGGCACUGGGCGCGUCACAGUGAGAAAUGCACUUGACAGAGAGAAUGUGGAUGUCAUAACCCUUGGAGUUACUAUCACUGAUGGUUUCAAUGUGAUAUCAGAGGAAUUAACCAUAAUAUUAGCGGAUGCCAAUGACAACAAACCCUUAUUUCAGCAAUCUUCUUAUAACAUUGAGGUCCCAGAAAAUACAGUUUUAGGUUCAACUCUGUUCAGAGUGGAAGCCAUAGAUUAUGACACUUCACUCGCUGGUGUUGUUAGAUACAGCAUUGAUGAGGUAUCUCCUAAUAAUAUAGAGAAUCCGUUUAGCAUCGUGUCAACAACUGGGCAUGUGACAUUAGUAAAAGGCUUGAAUUAUACCUCACUGAGCUCCUUCUAUCGACUGAAGAUUAAUGCAACGGACGGCGGAGGAAAAUGUGCCUCAGAGGAAACAAUUUACAACUCAGCCGUUGUUUUCUCCUUCAUCACGGUUGAGGAUGUCCCAGAUCUUGACCCACAGUUCACCGGCACUUCCUUUGUGGGAAAUGUUCAGGAGAACUCUCCUGUGGGUACAUCUGUGUUCCAAGUCACCGCCAUAGACCCGGAUACAGGCAUCCUAGAUAAAAUGAUCUACACCAUUGAAGAAUCCACAGCAGAUGGCUUGUUUGUAAUCUCGAGGGAUGAUGGCAUCAUAUCUGUACUGUCAGCGAUUGACAGAGAAGUUGUUGGUGACACUGUAACCCUGACUGUGAAGGCCACAGAGUCUAAAACAAACAUCCAUGGGGUCCAGGCCAGCGCCACAACAAAUGUACUGAUCAACAUCAUUGACGUUAAUGACAACAAGCCUGAAUUUUACAAGUGUGAAGAAGACACUUGUGUGAUUGCAACUGAAUUCACAGGAGAGAUUGCUGAACAUUCAAUGGGUGCUGUUCCCAUCAAUAUGAAGGUCAUAGAUCAGGAUAAGACUGCCAACACUGAGCUACGCCUGGAGGGAGUGGACAAGGAUGUUUUCUCUGUGGAACCCUCAUUCACUCAGAUCUCUGAAAGCGUAGUUCAGCUGCUUGUCAGGCAGUCCCAAAAUCUGGAUUUUGAGAAAAAGCAGCAAAUGAUUCUUCAGGUGAUUGCUAUAGAUAAAGAAACCAACGCUGGCUCCACUGCCACAGUUACUAUAAACAUAAAGGAUAUCAAUGACAACUAUCCCACAUUCCCAAAGAGCACAUACAAACUGAGUGUGGCUGAGCACUCUCCUGAGAACACAGUUGUGGAUACCAUUACGGCAGAUGAUCCAGACACAAUGGAUCAAGGCAACAUCGUCUAUGUGCUUCUUCCAGAGAGCAUACUGACAUACUUUGAUGUUAAUCGUACCACCGGCGAAAUCUAUGUGAAAAAUCAAGUUCUGUUGGAUCGCGAAGCCAGAUCUCUGUAUUCAGCCACUCUGCAGGCCAGAGACACAAAUGACAAUCCUGGCAGCACAGUGCUGGAGAUCACUCUGACCGACAUCAACGACCAGCCUCCAGUCAUCAACCGAGAUUCUUACCUGGAAUCUGUUGCAGAGGGCGAUCAGUUUCAACGAAAGAUAGACGCUACGGAUGCCGAUGAACCCAACACACCCAACAGUGAAAUUGUAUUCAGUCUUGAACCGAGCAGCUACAGCAGCAUUUUCACCAUCGACCCUAACACUGGCAUGUUAACAAAUAAUGAUGAACUGGAUCGGGAGGCUCUUGAUCCAAAACUGGAUGGGAGGAUUGUGCUUAGUGUAAUGGCCACAGACAAGGGACGUCCAUCAUUGUCCAGCACAGUCCCAGUUUUCAUCGAUGUGAAGGACAUCAAUGACAAUGCACCGCAAUUUAAUGCUUCAUCUUACACAUUUUCUGUUAAAGAAGGACAAAAAGGUGCGAUUGUGGGUUUUGUUUACGCUAAGGAUCUGGAUCAAACAACAGAGUUUAACCGUAUUUCUUUUAGCAUCAUCAGUGGCAGCUUUGGCAGUUUCGUAAUUUCAACAUCUGAAGGGAGCAAUGGUUAUAUGGGAAGAAUCACCGUGGACCCUGACAUUGAGCUGGACUACGAGAGUCCCAACAAACAGUUCAAACUGCAGGUGGAGGCAGCGGAUCUGGAGCGCGAGAAAGCUGAAGUAAUGGUGGAGGUGAACGUGUUAGAUGUCAAUGAUGAGAGGCCUGAGUUUGAGUCAGUGGAACCUGUGUCUGUAAAGGAGAACAGCACCAUUACCGAGGCCAUCGGAAAGUUCAUAGCGAAUGACAAAGACACCAACCAUUUGCUGGUCUAUGAGCUUGAAUCUGUCACAUGCAUGUGUAAAGGCUCCUCAAAACCCUGCUCUUGGUUUUUCCUUGACUCAAAUGGAGAUGUUAGAGUCAAUCCAGAGGACACAGUGGACUAUGAAGAGUGUACCCAGGCUGUGGUAGAGGCUCAGGUGGUGGACGAGAACACUGAGAUUGGACAAAACAACAGCGUCACAUCAGGAAAAAUGGUGAUUAAUAUCGAAGACAUCAACGACAACGCUCCACAAUUCAGUGCCCCAGAUUCUGUAUUUGUUGUGGUGUCAGAAGGUGCAAGUAUUGGGACAUCAGUUGCAAAAGUCACUGCUACAGAUUUAGACUCUGGAGUAAACAGUCAGAUUAAGUUUAAAGUAGCAUCAGUUGAGUUUAAGGACAUAAAUGAUCAAACAACUGCCGAUCUCAAAGUGUUUGACGCUAUCACUACACAACAAAACAACGUUUAUGUUGGGCUUAUUCAAACUAUUCAAAGCCUUGAUUUGAAUCUGAAAGGGAGAUACUUGGUGACAGUAACAGCCACUGAUACUGGUGACCUUUCUACCAGCACCGUAGUGGAGAUUUUCACAGUUGACGUAACCUACAAAGUUGAACUGCAGUUUGACAUUUCCGUAGAUGAAGUAAAAGAAAAGGAGGAUGAAAUCAAGAGGGCACUGACAUCUGCCACUGAUUCUGUUGUUAAAAUUGUCUCAAUUCAAGCUGUCAAAGGAAAAGCAACCAGGCAAAGUUUCAUGGUGGCCUAUUUUGUCUACCUCAAUGGGACAGCUCUCACUGCCAGUGAAGUGGAAAAAAAGCUUUCUGAUCCUGCACAUUUUCUUUUACUGCAAGGUCUUGGCCUCAGUAAUAUUGGGAAUGUUCCUGUGACUGAAACAGGAGCAGACCCUGUGCAGUACGCCCUGCUGGGGAUAGUUGGAGGUCUCAUCAUUGUGCUAGCUGUCCUCACCACUUCAUUGUUGUGCACCCGCCGAAACUACAGGAGGAAGCUGAAGGCAGCUAAAGCCAUGAACUCUGCAUCCAUGGUAAAUGCUGACAACCAGAAAAGUGGUCCAGUGGUACCUGGAACCAACAAAUACACAAUGGAAGGUGCUAAUCCAGUGCUUAACCUCAACAUCGACUCAGCUUUAGCUCUUGAUAUGGAUGAGGAGAACUCAGAUGUAGACAAAGUCAGCCUCAGCUCCCUGGACUACAGUGAUGAUGUGAACAAUGAAAAGGGCACAAAAUCUUCCAUGCAGAGCAUCCAGGAAGAGGAGGAAAACAAUGGUCCACCAGAGUACAGUGAGCCUCUGGGUGCAGCACUGGCCCAGCUGGGACAGAGAAAAGGCAACGACAAACUUCCUGUUGGUUUUAACAACCCUGUGUUUGACACAACAGACCUGUGAUAUGCAUCACAAACAGUGAGGCUUAGACUAUAAGCCUCAGACGGACACUUUGAUACAAACCAAAUCAAAUAUGUCUUCAAAUAGGCCUUUGUUCUGACCAUUGGUAAUGUAUUACUAGGCAUAUGUAUAUGUAUGUGAUGAAUUAAUUUAAUAAAACAUUUAUUUCAAGAUAUAAAAAGAAAAUUGGAGACAUUUAGUACAUAAAAAAUGAUGUAAGACUUAAUGUAUUAAGUUCAAGAAAUUUGUUUGGAUGGCAGAGGACAGAGACUAGUCCUUGUCUUAGUUCUUUAAUCCACACAAAAACAGAGAGCAAAGGUAGCUGUUUUUACCCUUUUUUU